AUUUACGCCCUUACCGUAAUUGAAGUGGAAAAAAAAAAGAGAACACAAGCGUAUCCUAUCGUAUACAGUUACGGACCUAAUAUUAUGUCUCCACCAAAGCAAACGGCUACACGGGAACGACGAACGUCUAUUCUAGACGUUGGAGGGCCAAAUUCAAUUAACAACUUUGCGUCAUCCUAUUCGAGAGUACAGUCUUACAUGAGUCAUUGUUUAGAUGAUAGACGUAGCAUCGAUUUGGACGACGAUCUUUCACCCGGUACCUCCCCGGUACAGGAAUACGCAUCUAUAGAAGGAAACGAGGAAGAACUUGACUCAAAUGCUAUAUUUUUAAACUCACCCGAAAGAAGCAGUGAUGCUUCUGGCAGGGGUAGACACGGUCAUGAAAGUUUGAAAUCGUUCCAAUUCCCCCAUAAUGAUCUUGAAUCAUCUCCUUUAUUACAACCUCGAGUGAGAUCAGGGUCACAAUCAAGCUCGAGAUUUGCUGGCAUUACAGGAGGAUCAACUGCACCUCAGACAAUCUUCAAUUCGAUCAAUACUUUAAUGGGAAUAGGAAUGCUUUCACUUCCAUUUGGGUUUAAACUUACAGGAUGGGUUCUUGGUACCUUCAUCUUGGCUCUGUGUGCAAUCACAACUAACUAUACGGCCAAGAUCUUGGGUCGAGUCUUGAAAAGACAUCAUGCAUUGGGUAGCUAUGGGGACAUUGCCCAAGAGGCAUACGGAAGCAUUGCCAAUGUUCUCGUUUCAUCAGUAUUUACCGCUGACCUUGUAGGUGCUACUGCAUCACUUGUUAUCCUCUUUGGAGAUUCAUUUGGAAUUUUAAUUCCUUCGGUAAGUCCUGCCAUUUUCAAAACCAUUAUGAUGUCCACUGUAUUCAUUUCUUCAUUCUUACCAUUACUGGCAUUGUCUAUGUUCAGUUUACUUGGCAUUAUCUGUACUUCUGGGGUAGUUGCAAUCAUCUUAUAUUGUGGAUUAACCGUUUCUGGGUCUGGUUCUCUUUUAAACCCAGCACCUACGGAAUUAUGGCCAUCAAACCCUUAUCAUGUUCUUUUGGCUCUUGGGAUCUUUAUGGCACCAUGGGGUGGACACGUAGUAUUUCCAGAACUUUAUAGAGAUAUGAGACAUCCAAAGAAGUUUGAUACAUGCGCAAAUGUCACUUUUAAUGCCACCUUUUUCAUGGAUUAUGUAAUUGCAGCAGUUGGAUUUGUAAUGUUUGGAUCUAAAUGUAAAGAUUCAUUUACAAAGAAUUUAAUGUUGGAACCAAACUUCCCUAAUUGGGUCCCAACUGUCAUUUGUUUGUUAUUGGGAAUUUUGGCAAUGGUAAAGGCACCUCUUUUAAUUAGACCAGUAUUAUCGGUCCUUGAACGUCUUGUUUCUACUGGCAAUAGUCAUACCACGAAGAAUAAUUUAUCCAUCAAAAAGGUGUUGAUAAGAUUUCUCUACUGUGGAUUUCUUCUUUUCAUAUCACUUGUGGUAACCUCAUUCGGUGGAAUUAUGGCCUUUUUGGGUAGCGCUAUUUGUUUUACAAUUUGUGUGAUUCUUCCUUUGAUGUUUUCCUUAACUUUAUUCCGUGAUGAACAUUCAAUUUUACAAAGAGUUCUCCUCCGUACUGGUAUAGUCAUAGGAAUAAUCUGCGCAGUCGGUGGUACUUAUGCUGCGAUAACUGUUGAUACAGACUUUUAAUAGAUAUUUACAUAGCAUCUGAGAACGUUUUACUUCUACAUCUACCCUAAUUUGAUUCCUUCUAUAUGUACUUAUCUUGUUAAUACAAACACCUUUAACUUAUAUUUUAUCAUAUUACCAUAUGUUGAUAUAACCUAUCUAAAAAAAUUUUUA